GCGCCGCCGCCACCGCCUCCGCCUCCGCGCGCACCACACCCGUCGCCGCCUUCGGCCGCUGCACGUCCGCCACGCCCAGCCGCAGGGACAAGGCCAACGCCGCCGCCGCCGCCAGACGGAGUGCAACACCAACACCAGCACCUACACCGACAUCUGCGGCUGGCUCUGGCCCGCCAUCGCUGGGUGCGACCAAGGCUUCUGGUGCACCACCUGCCACAUCACCACGAGGCCAACCACCAUCACUGGUGGGCUCUACUGCUACGUGUACUGCAGAAGCACGUCAUGUGCUUGCCACCUAUGCCACCCUGCCCAGGCGCUCUCGCCGUCGCACACAGUCGCCACCUGCAAAGAUCCCAUCAACAGCAUCCGGUCGAGCUCAGUUAGUACGAAGCCUGUCGGCCAGCCGCGAAUCAUCUGCAGGUGGCUCUUCACUGGUGCGAGCUGCCUCAUUACGCCGUCCUCAGUCGCACACCAGCUCCACUCCCAGUCGCUCUCUGCCGCCGUAUCCUCGGCCACGCGUCACACGACGUGUCUUUUCGGCACCAUCUGGUGUCAUUACUGUGGACGCUGCUGCUCAGACUGAUAGUCUUCCAAAUGCAGAGGACGUUCGUCAUCUAGAGGCACACAUACGCUUGCUGACAGAGGGUCAAGCAAUGCAACAAGCUGAGUCUGAGAGACUGACGAAGCUACUGCAACACGAGCAGUCUCUGCGGGCUUCUCAUGAGGAGGAACUAACUCGCACACUGAAUAGAGUCCAAGCCUUGCUCGGAACUGAGAGGAUCGACGUGGACGAAGGAAGUGAUAGCUUACAAGAGCUUGAAAUGAGAGUGCAAACAUCCGAUCAUAUAGUCCUAAGGCAGCAGCGAGAGAUAUCAGAGCUUCAAGCACUAUGCACAACCUUGCAGAGGGAUCUGGACAAGAGCCUGGCAGCACAAAAGAUGUUAUUGCAACAACAACAAGAUCAAGAGGCUGAAUCUAUGGAGCUUCAAGAAUUCCUUCAGGCUGAAAAAUCAACGCUUGCUGAAGCCCUCCGUGAAGCAGAAAAUGAGAUUAGCAGACUGAGUGCAGGCUUGCAGCAGUCACAGGAAGAGUGCAAGCACCUAGUAAGAAUCAGUGAGCAGCGCAGGCAGGAGAACAUGGCACUGCAGGCAAGGCUGGGAGGCCUGGGGGCUCGAAGUGAGGAGCUGCUGGUGCAGCAGGGCGCUGCUGUGUCGGGUGCAGCGGUGCAGCUCCUAGGCCUGGGCUCACGUCUGGAAGCUCUCAUUGACCAGCUUGUUGCAACAUACAACAUUUCUGAGAAGGAUCUGGAGGAUGUAAUAUUUCACAAUGAGGCUUACAGCAAAAGUGAAAGCAGUGUAGAGGCAAGCCCUGAACACAGUCGUGGCAAAACUCCACCACAGCCUCCAACUUCAAAUGCACCACAAGCUACAAAUGGGGAGCUGCCGUCCAUUCAGCCACAAUCAUCAUUUGUGGCAGCUGUCAUUGGAGCUAUAAAGAGUGCCACAGGUGGUGGAAUUGCUAAGAGAUUAUCAGUCUGUUCUGAGCCCGGUACCGAUACUGAUAUGGAGAAUACAGUACAGAAUUCCGUCCAGAUACACAAUCAACACAGCUCAGAAGCUAAUGGUCGCUUAGUCAACAGCCCAUCCCUACAGGACCUUUCCCAGGCCAUUCUGGAACGACAGCAAUCUGAGGGUGACAGCUCUGGACCUAACAAUCGUCUCCCCUCUGCACCAGCUUUGGCUCUUGUUGAUCAGAUUGUAGAAGCUGACAACUUACUGACACGCUUGCUCAAGGUGUUACGUAUUGUGCAGCUGGACAAAGAUUCCGGUUAUACGGAUACCAGCGACAGGUCUGCACUUCUAGAGAGACUGAGACAUCAAGAGGAGCUUACUCGCAACUGGGAAACAACAAGUGAACAGCUGCGUGUGGAACUGCAACGUGCCCACGAGGAUCUUGCAGUUUGCACAAGGCAGCUGGAGAAGGCACAGCAACUCCAGCAAGAGAGUUGGCAGGAGAAACAGCAGCUGCUCCGUCAGUGGCUGACCAGUGCAGCUUCCCGGGAGAUUCCAGACUUGAAACCUGAGAGUCUGACUGGUCUUGCUAUGCAGGAAGUACGUCGACAGUAUGAAGUUAUUGAUGGGGCACUUGAGACGUUGCAGGGCAUCCAAGGUGUAGUGAUGCAAUGUCCAUCAUUGGCUAAACUCCAGCAGGACCUGGAAGAAACUAACUUCCACUGUCUCACUACUCUACCACUAGUUGGUGCUGAUGUCAAUGCUAAUGCAGCUGUUUUAGGAAGCAACAGGAUAGCAUAAAAAGUUAGAGACUGGGGAAACAUGACCUUACUUCUUUUACACUAGCAGAAAUUUUAAAAUUCAGUACUUUUUAAUAAUUUCAAGUGAAUUUUACUGUUUUUCAAGCUACAUGUAGAAAUGUGCUAUAUUUUAUAUUUCUUAUUUUUAGGCUAUGUAGUACCUAUUGAGAAUACUUAAGUAUAUGUAGGGAUACAGAUGUAAGUUUUAAUGAUUUUAGACUGGUUUAAGAAUUCAUUAAUUUGAAUGAAAUAGUUACAAUGUAGCAGAUUGCCACAACUAGUGCAAAUACUGUAACAGUUUAAUGGUUCAAAGUGAAGUGAUAUAAAAACUGUGCCAUGGAAGAAAGCUGCGCGUUGUUUGUGCAUUGUUGAAUAUUUACAUAGGAGUCUAGGCUACAGCUGUCAAAGAGUACAGUCCUAGUUAACAUUGAGAGCAAUUGGUGCUUCUGUACAAUAGAGUUGUAGGUGCUAAGACAGUCCUGGAAGAUUGUUCACUAAAGCUACUUACCCAAUUUUUCUAGUUUCUCUCACAACUGUAUUUAUUUACUAAUACAGUGUAAAUUGUAAGAUGAGAAACAUUUUAUAUAUUUGACCUAUAUUUUUACAUAAACUUUAUUUCAUAUAUCUUAAAAUUUGUCUUUACUUGUAUAUGUGUGCUACACAAGACAGGAGCUCCUGUAAGGUGUCCACCACCUUAUGUCUAACAGUAAACUGCACCAACUGUUUUAUUUUUUGACGUUAACAUACAUACUAUCGCACUUAUCUCUUUGUGACGACAUUCACACUUAAUGCCGAACUUGUCAUUUCACAUACAAAACUGUUUCCAGUCCUAUUUUUGUACAAUAAAUUUGAGCUAAUUUUAUUUAAUAAACUACAGUUUGCUAUGUUUGAUGAAA